GCAAAUGAUCUAAGUUAAACUUCAUUAUUUAUGAAGCAGUGCCAACUCACUGCAUGCUGUUGUCUGAAUAAUGAACCCAGUGAACCCAGAGUGGGGUUAGGGUAUUAGAACUAGAGAUAAUUACAGUACUCUAUCAAUGUAAUAGUGGGUUGAUAAUAAUUUUAAAAAUAAAUCAGGAAUAUUUAUUUGUAAAUAACUGCUAGUAUGCAACUAAAAGCUGGGGAAAACAACAAAUAAGUAAAAAUAAAUUGUUUGUUGAAGACUCGUAGUCGUAGUAGACAACUUUCCGACAGUCAGUGAAGGUGGCCUUGUGACGUCGCUGCUGCCUUUCUCUACCUAGCCUAAAUGGCGAUUGCAACAGAUCCGCAUAGCACCGGGAGCGGAUCGCAGUCAAACCUCGUCUGGGUUUGAUUAAAACUAUAGCCCGCCUAAUGCAACAAACAAGGACCGUUAUAUCCAAGUAAAAUGGAGGAUAGUUUUGAUUGCGACUGUGGCGAGCUAGAGCCACCUGAUCAUUGAGGCUGAGGAAUUACUUUAGAGACUUAAAGGCCAGACUCAUUUCAAUUUUUAUAGACGACGUGAAUUGACAGGAAAACUACACAGACAGAUCUAUACAUAUAUUUACAAAGGAAAAAAAGAAAGAAAGAAAGAAAGAAAAGAAUUAGCAGUGCGUUUACUCACAUGAAGCUGCUCAGGACCAGUCAUACACUGAAUGUAUUUGCACUGUGAGGAUGCAAUUACGUGCUUUUAUAGUUUAAGAUCGUGCCAGUGCGCUUUAAUUUGCCUCACAGACCAUUCCAUUUGCCGUCUGCAAACACUAGUUUACUUAGAGCUGUUCAUUUAAAUAUAUCCACACAUUCAGGAUUGGAGGAUGAAUUCAACUUUAAAAUUUUCUCUCCUUACUCAAAAUGGAAGGAAACUUUGACUACACAUUAAAACCUUGCAUCUGACAGUGACAGCUAGAGGGGGUGACUUGGUAGUCGUCUGUACAGCGGUCAGCGGAACCUCUGAAGCAAGGGGGGGCGGGGAUUCCUCUGUUAAGUGCGAAAAUUGGGCUUGAAACGGGCCAGAGGAUUAACAUUAGAGAUAGCAGAAGCUUGGUGUAGAAGCCCACAAAAACAAAAAGUCAUGGCAGAGAAGUUUGAGUCAUUGAUGAACAUCCACGGCUUUGACCUGGGUUCUCGCUACAUGGACUUGAAGCCUCUGGGCUAUGGAGGGAAUGGCCUCGUGUUCUCAGCAGUUGACACUGACUGUGACAAGCGUGUAGCCGUGAAGAAAAUUAUCUUGACUGACCCCCAGAGCGUCAAGCACGCCCUCCGGGAAAUCAAGAUUAUCAGACGCCUCGACCAUGACAACAUUGUCAAGGUGUUUGAGACGUUGGGCCCCAGUGGUCGCAGGCUAACAGAGGAUGUGGUGUCUCUUACGGAGGUCAACUCGGUCUACAUUGUGCAAGAGUACAUGGAGACUGAUUUGUGUCAGCUACUGGAGAGGGGCCUUCUCUCAGAGGAUCACGCCCGGCUCUUCAUGUACCAGCUCCUCAGGGGCCUUAAAUACAUCCACUCUGCCAAUGUGCUGCACCGUGACCUCAAGCCUGCCAACCUGUUUGUCAACACGGAGGACCUGGUACUUAAAAUCGGGGACUUUGGACUGGCACGCAUUAUGGACCCUCACUACUCUCACAAGGGCCAUCUCUCUGAAGGUCUUGUCACAAAGUGGUACAGAUCUCCUCGCCUGCUGCUCUCUCCUAACAACUACACCAAAGCCAUCGACAUGUGGGCUGCUGGCUGCAUCUUUGCUGAGAUGCUCACAGGGAAAACCCUGUUUGCAGGAGCUCACGAACUGGAACAGAUGCAGCUGAUCCUGGAGUCAAUCCCUGUACUACGAGACGAAGACCGCCAGGAGCUCCAUAGCGUAAUUCCCGUCUUUAUCCGCAAUGACAUGACCAAGCCUCACACACCAUUGGCCAAACUGCUGCCUGAUGUCAGUCCGCAGGCCCUUGAUUUCCUGGAGAAGAUCCUGACCUUUAACCCCAUGGAUCGUCUGACUGCGGAAGAGGCCCUGGCACACCCCUAUAUGGCUGACUACUCCUUCCCCCUGGAUGAGCCUGUGUCUCUGCACCCCUUUCACAUUGAGGAUGAGGUAGAUGAUAUCCUGCUCAUGGACCAGAGCCACAGCCACACUUGUGACAGGUAUCAUGAGAGCCAGUUCUCAGAAGCUGACUGGCACUUGCACAGCACCCAUGACCCAGACGAAGUUCAGGUUGACCCAAGGGCACUCUCCGAUGUAACGGACGAAGAGGUCGUCCAGGUGGAUCCUCGUAAAUAUGCUGAUGGAGAUCGAGAGAAGUUCCUGGACGAGCCGUCCUUCGACUACUCAACCCCAUUCCCACUAGAGAGAUCUUGGCAGGAUGACCACCACGAGAACAAAUACUGUGACUUGCAGUGUAGCCACACCUGUAACUACAAGGCUGUGUCGCCCUCCUACCUGGACAACCUCAUCUGGAGAGACAGUGAAGUCAACCACUACUACGAACCCAAGCUUAUCAUCGACCUCUCCAACUGGAAGGAGCAGCAGAGCAAGGAGAAGGCAGACCGCAAGUCCAAGAGCAAAUGCGAGAAGAACGGGCUGGUAAAGGCUCAGAUCGCAUUAAAGGAGGCAGAGAAGAGCCCUGUAGAGAAGGACAAAGUGCAAGAGAAACACCAGACGGAAAAGCCUCAGAGCCAGCAGAACCAAGGCUUUGACUUUGACUCCUUCAUUGCCAGCACCAUCAAGCUGAGCCUGCAGCCGGAGCCCUGUCAGGAGGUGACCCUGCUCAACGAUGUGGGGCUCCUGAAUGAGGUGGGCCUCCUGAACGAGCUCAACUUUUCUGUCUCCCAGCUCGAGGCUCCUCGCUCAACCUCUAUGUCCAAGUCCAUAAGUCAGGAGAAGGAGGAGAAGUGCCUGGUAAAUCUCGCCCAGCUAGGUGGCGGAGGGCUGGGAGUGGUCGGCGGGGACUGCGUCUGGCCUGCUCGCCCCUGGGAGAGCUCUGGGGACACGGUCGGAGAGAAUGGCAUUUUGAUAGACGAAGCGUGCUGGGACAUUGGCAAAGAGGACCACCUCCAGAAGGAAAGCCCUUACACCAGCUACCUGGACCACCUGUUCAGCAGGAGGGAAGAAGCCGUCUCCGAGACUGCCAGCCCGCAGAUUGGGUCCCCGGUGGUGAGAGAGCUAGACGAGAGCUUCCUUGACAGAAGCACGGAGAUUGUGCUCAAUAUGCAGCUGGACUCUCUGGCCCUUCCUGGCUUUGACAGCACUGAUGAACUGCCUCUAAAAUCCAUCCAGGCGUCCCUCACCCCCUGCGCUGUCAAAUGCUCCCCACAAAUUGCCCACAAAACGUACAGCAGCAUCUUCAAACAUCUUAAUUAAGGAAAUGUAUAUCUUCCUCACAGUGCAAAAUCUAGGCAGUUUUGUUUUUAUGUUGCUUUUUUUUUUAAAAAAUAAUAUGGUAUACUGUACUUGAAUCAUUUCAUACCUUUUUUUUGUUAUUAUUAUGUUUGUUUGUUUGUUUGUUUUAAAGAGUCGAAAAGGGUGAUUUUAUUUAAAGAGUUUUGAUCAUCACUCUGAGCCUUGAUCACCAGGCCUUCAUGGGUUAAUGUCUACACCCUCAUUGCUAUACUGGCAUGUCAGUCGCACAUUUAAGUACUGUAGAUGAAAGAGGAGCGGGAAAGAAGUAUCUAGAGGAGGGAGGAUGAGGUAGAGAGGAUUUAAGAGAUGAAGUUUGGCCGUUCUGGGUGUGACAUAAAGAAGGAAGGUAGACGCUAACAUUGCUGUGGGGUUUUAAAGUGCUCUCAAACAGCCUUUCCUGGGGUGGGGUGUCUUGUUCGUCAUGUUUUUUUUUGUUUUUCCUUCUUUUUAAAAUAUUCUUUGACCUUAUGACAUUUUUUUUUUCCCUGAAGAAAGCUUCCUUGAAAACCCUUUCAUACUGUAAAUCUGACACAUGAUGCCAGCAGCAACCAUUAUCGUAGGCGUUAAUGUAAAUGUGUUAUCUACCUCAAGGUAACAGCCGCGAGAGACACUCGAAGCCGCACUAGUGCUUUACACACAUGACCAUCCUCAUACCAUGAAAUGAAGUGGUCGCGUAGAUGAAAUCUGUCUCACUUUAGCAAUUAACAUAGUGAGGUGUUUCAGUAAUCAUUUAUUUAUUUCUAGCAAAAUGUGCGCUAUUUAUUUUAUCAAAAUGUGUUAUUUCAAUGUGAUUAUUGAAGAUUUGAGGAGUUGGGCAGACUUCCAUUUUCAUUUUUGGCACUAUACGGGCGUGCAAGUGUUCUUUUGUUUUAAGGUAGGAUGCAUAUUCAUGUGUUAUGUUGAAGUCGAGGCUUUCCAUUUUCCAUCAAUACUGUUCUAAUGGAUAUCUUUUUUUUUUCCUUUUUUUUAAAAAAUGGGUGCGUUUUGUCUUUAGUGGAGAAAAAAAUUAUUUUAUGGUUUAACGAAGCGCCUAAAAGUCUUAAUUUUUUUUUUAUCCAAAUGUAAAAAAAUAAAAUAAAAUAAAAGUUGCGUGCAUGGAGGCAGGAGAAAGGUACAGUUAAUGGUGAGUAUAAUGUACGUCAGUUUUAAUUGUACUUUUUUGUUUUUUGUUUAAAUUUCUAUGUACUUUUUCCAGGCAAGCAUGAUGAAAUUAGGUUAAGGUGUAGCAUGUAGAACACUUACGGACUUUUUUUGUAAUCAUUGGUUCCCCUGUUCUACAAAAUAUCUCAAUAAAAAUUAUUGGCAGAGAG